CCAUCGCCUCCUGGAGCGUGGUUAGCGUUCUUCUGCACUUCUGAUCUGCCUCUGCAACUUGAUUCUUCUCUAGGAAGAACACUCAGGAGAGCAGGAAUAUGGCCCCAGGGCUCCUGACAACCAGGGAAGAGGUGUUAAUGGCAUUCCGGGAUGUGGCUGUGGCCUUCACACUGAAGGAAUGGAAGCUAUUGAGUCCUGCUCAGAGGAGCUUGUAUAGGGAGGUGAUGCUGGAGAACUACAGCCACCUGGUUUCACUGGGAAUUGCAUUUUCCAAACCAAAACUCAUCAUACAGCUGGAGCAAGGGGACGAGCCCUGGAGAGAGGAGAAUGAAUGUCAUCUGGACCUUUAUCUAGCAGAGCGCAGGACAGAAUUCCAGCCCUCUCUCUCCCAUCUGGUGGCCUUAACUAGUCCACAAAUCCUCAGACAGUAUGUACUAAGCAAUAAUAAUCCACAGAGUUUUCCAAGCUCAUCUGUGGGAAGUGACUUUUAACUUGAAGCUCCAAGCUGCUCAAAUGAAAAAGGAGGUGGAACAAGAGAAGACCUUGACAUUUCAUUCAGGAGAACAAGGGUGAACAGAAUUUCGAGGACAUUUUUCAGCUCACGUCCAAGUCACCCAUUAGUUUGGGUAGAAGGCAAUAGAGGAGGAGGAAUAGACUGCCUGGCCAAGAGGAUAAGCCCUGAGAAGUCUGACACAAUGUUAAAGGGAGUAGAUGCCUCAGAAUCUGGAGCAGUUAUAUGUAGAAAAUAUAGAUUAGGACUUAACAAAGAGUCAAGCAUAUUCAGCCACCAGAAGCAUCAUAUGUGCCCUGAAUGUGGGAGAGUCUUUUGCCAGAGAUCAGACCUCAUCAAGCACCAGAGGAUACAUACAGGGGAGAAGCCUUACCUGUGCCCUGAGUGUGGGCACCAGUUUAGCCAGAAGGCUUCCCUCAACAUACACCAUAGGAAGCACUCAGGAGAGAAGCCUUAUGUGUGCAGGGAAUGUGGGUGACACUGCAGGUAUACAUCUUCUCUCAUUAACCACAAGAGGAUUCACUCUGGGGAAAGACCUUUUAUAUGUCAGGAGUGUGGAAGAGGCUUUUGCCAGAAGAUAGCUCUCAUUCUACACCAGAGGACACACUUGAAGGAGAAGCCUUUUGUGUGUCCCGAGUGUGGGAGAGGCUUUUGCCAGAAGGCAUCGCUCCUCUAACACCAGAGCUCGCACACAGGUGAGAAACCCUUCUUAUGCCUCGAGUGUGGGCACAGCUUCUGGCAGCAUUCACCACUACUCAGUCACCAGGUCACACACUCAGGGGAGAAGCAUUAUGUCUGUGCUGAAUGUGGGCAUAGUUUUCGCCAGAAAGUUACCCUUAUCAGAAGGGUCACACACACAGGGGAGAAGCCUUACGUGUGCCCCCAAUGUGAGCGAGGUUUUAGUCAGAAGGUUACCCUCAUUGGACACCAGAGAACACAUACGGGUGAGAAGCCUUACCUGUGCCCUGAGUGUGGGUGUGGCUUUGGUCAGAAGGUCACCCUCAUCAGACACCAGAGGACACACACAGGGGAGAAGCCUUACCUAUGCCCUGAGUGUGGGCAUGCCUUUGGCCUUAAGUCACUCCUGACCAGACACCAGAGGACACACUCAGAGGAGAAUCUUUAUGUAGAGAGGCAAGGACUUGGCCAAAAGUCAUACCCUAUCUCUGACCAGCGGAUACACUCAGGAGAGAAGCCAUGUGUUUGUGAUGAGUGUGGGUGUGGCUUUGGCUUUAAGUCUGCCCUCAUCUGACAUCAGCGGACCCAUUCAGGGGAGAAGCCAUAUGUGUGCAGGGUGUCUGGGCGUGGCUUUAGCCAGAAGUCUCACCUCCACAGACACAGAAGGACAAAGUUUGGUCAUCAACACCUAUCAGAAGAGGUGUUCUCUUGACCUUUCCUUUCCCCAUGAAUGUAAUACUUGCAGAAAUCACUAAUAAAUGUUCCACUUUCCUGAAAUGGAAUGAGGAUAAAAAUGUUGGUUUCU